UGUGUUUGGUUGGUCUUUUGAUCCGUCGUUAAAACAUAGACAAUUUAGAAUCGCUGGCAAAUAAUUUACAAAUGUGGAAUAAAUAAGUUUUUUUUAAUCGUACAACAUUUAAAAAUGUUAGAAUUGUCGAUGCAGUUACUUUUAUGCAGGACAAGUUUUAUUUGAGAUGAGUGUUCUCUAUUAAAGCAUAAUCAAAUAUAGAAAAAGAUUUCAAAAUGCAGCGAAGCAUUGGAAAGAGAAUUCGUAUGGAUGAGCCUCCGCCUCCUGAAUAUGACACCAGCAGUCCUAUGACUCCAAUGGACGGCAGUGCUGCCGAUUCUCAGGAGCCUUACACACCGUACACUCCCUACACAAACCAGCCAUCCACGCCUAUGAACACUAGCGGUGAAAUCUACGGCAACGAUCAGUACGAAUCAGUGAUCCAGAAUCCGUACGAACAGCAACAACAGCUGUAUGAGCCACAACAACAGCACAUGCAGUAUGACCAACAGCAGUCCAGCUUUGAACCGGUUGCCAAUUACGAACAGCCAAUGACUCCUGCCAACAUGCGCGGUCGCAUGACAAGAGCUCGUCUCAGAAAUUUGAACGCUGGUAAUCAGCCGACACCACAGCCCAUUCCAGUCCAGUCCUCGGUUCCAAACAAGAAGAUCGCCGUCGAAGAGAAGCAGAAGAGAAGACCCUACAUGCGCAAAAACUUCGCUGAAAGUUUGUCUGAAGAUGAUGCUUGCCUUUAUCAAUGCAUCAAAACAGGCAAGAUUUCUUUGCAGAUUGUUGUGGAUGAUUGGAUCGAGGCUUACAAAGUGAACCGCGACACUGCUUUGCUUGGCCUGAUGCAAUUCUUCAUCAACGCGUCAGGCUGCAAGGGCAAGAUCACGUCUCAGAUGGCUGCCAGCAUGGAGCAUGCCGCCAUUAUUCGCAAAAUGACUGAGGAGUUUGACGAGGAAAGUGGUGAAUACCCAUUAAUAAUGACCGGGCAACAAUGGAAGAAGUUCAGACAGAAUUUCUGUGAUUUUGUCGCUCUACUAGUGAAGCAGUGCCAGUACUCCAUCAUCUACGAUCAAUACUUGAUGGACAAUGUUAUAUCACUCCUCACUGGACUUUCCGACUCACAAGUGCGUGCAUUCAGGCACACUGCAACUCUAGCUGCCAUGAAGCUGAUGACAGCUCUAGUGGACGUGGCCCUUGUGGUGUCUAUCAACCUGGACAACACUCAGCGCCAGUACGAGGCCGAGCGACAGAAGGCGCGCGACAAGCGAGCAAGCGACAGACUCGAGUCGCUUAUGGCCAAGCGACAGGAGCUCGAAGAGAACAUGGAUGAGAUCAAGAACAUGCUCACCUACAUGUUUAAGUCUGUCUUCGUACAUCGCUACCGAGAUACUCUUCCUGAAAUAAGAGCAAUCUGCAUGGCUGAAAUCGGCGUUUGGAUGAAGAAAUUCCAUCAGAACUUUUUGGAUGAUUCCUACCUGAAGUACAUUGGUUGGACUCUCCACGAUAAAGUUGGAGAAGUCAGAUUGAAAUGUUUGCAGGCCCUGCAACCAUUGUAUGCUUCAGAAGAGCUGAAAGGAAAACUAGAGUUGUUCACGAGCAAAUUCAAAGACAGAAUCGUCGCCAUGACCCUCGAUAAGGAGUAUGAUGUAGCUGUGCAAGCAGUUCGAUUGGUCAUCAGUAUACUCAAGCAUCACCGCGACAUCCUGACGGACAAGGACUGCGAGCACGUGUACGAGUUGGUGUACUCGUCGCAUCGGGCGGUGGCUCAGGCGGCCGGCGAGUUCCUGAACGAGCGCCUGUUUGUGUGCGAGGAUGUGGUGGCCCCCUCGCGCACCAAACGCGGCAAGAAGCGCCUGCCCAACACGCCGCUCAUCCGCGAUCUCGUGCAGUUCUUCAUUGAAUCUGAG